GACCCGAACACCAGCGACUUAUAUAUAAGUGACCGAACGCUUCAUUUAUAUCAUGUUUACCCGCAAGUCACCUGCGAAUGUACCGCCAAAAACCCCGUCAGCAACGUCUCCAGAACCGUCACCCCCUGGCAGUAUUGUCCCAGAGAAGGACAUACCCGUCAACUACAAAUGGAAGAACCUGCACUGGAGUGGAUUAUACUUGCCGUCAUUGCCUUAAUUAUUACCCUUAUUGUCAUUAUGUUUUUAUCCUACAAGAAGCUGAAAAGCAAAAAUAUAGGUACAGAGAAAGACACGGAAGUCAGUACAAUCUGUGAUAAGGUUCCCUUCGCUGAAACCAGUCUGAGACAAAAACAAGCCACCGUCUUCGCACAGCUGCAAAAUGUGAUGCAA